GGGAAAGACGGCGAAGGAGUUCUUUUGUUAGCUCGGUUCUCGACGAAGCGUCUGUGUCGUCUCUCCGAGGUAAUUUGGAACCGCCCGUGCGAUCGACGCGUGACCGAAGCGAGCGAGGAUGAACGAAAUGCGACAGCGACCCUCUUCGCUCCUGACGACCGGACUCCCGUAUUCUCCUCUGGUGGAUCUCGGGAACAAUCGCGGGGCGUCGCCGAGGCUCUCCACGCAGUUCUCCGACGUCAUCUCCGAUCUCACCGGGGUGGUGACGUCGAGGUUGCUGCUGUCGCCGGUCAAGUUGUCGUUGACCGACACGCCCAGGAAACGACGGGGCAGAGGGGGUUGCGUCUCCUUCAGAUGCGUCGCCUUCGUCUCCAUCCUUCUCGUUCUUGCUGCUUCCCUCUUUGUCUACACCAAGGGCUUUCUCAAAGGCGACGAGGCGGAGAGCAGUCACGAGCACGGACCCUGUAAACCCGAGGACACGGAUUGCGCCCAUAAGCGUCCGGGGAAGGAGAAGAGAGACGUGGACGGACAUCGCGAGGCUGGUCGCUUCGACGACGGCGGGGCUGCCGUGGAUUCCCGAGGGCAGAAGGGGGAACACGAAGAUCACCGCGAACACGGCGGACACGGCGGACCCGGUUUGGAUCCUCGAGAUCCUCGAGAUCAGUGGCGAUACCGCGACGAAUAUCGACACCGCGAUCGAGUCGAGAAUCCCGGCCAAGGACAAGGACAAGGUCAAGGGCAUCGUCGGACUCCGCCCGGAGUGUCCCCGAUGCAUUACCAUAAUCCCAACAGAUAUCCUUGAACCGCUCGAGAGCGACGAGUUUAUUUUUAUCCCAAGUGACCUUUCCUCCCGAGUAAAAUUACUGCUUUGAAUAAUGUAAGAGCUCGGUCGGCAACCUCCCGGGUC